AUGGCAGAUAUCUCGUCGCUCGUGUUUGUCUUUGUCGUGUUUGCGGUCUUCACAGGCGUGAUCUACCUUUUUGCACACUACACGAGCCGGUUCAACGCAGCCUCUGGUCUGCGCGAUCCGUUGCUGCGCGGCAACGCGUUCAUGCCUGGCAUCAAGCGCGAAGACGUCGAAAAGCUGUACGUCGACGGUGGCCGCUUUCUCGAGUACAUCAUCAUCGAUUCGUCCAGAUUGCUGGAAGCGCCGCGAUGGGAAUGCUCGGUCUGUGAGUUCUACAACUUCACGACAAAGCUGCACUGUUGCCUCUGCGGCACGUUGAAAGGUAUCUCAACUAAUGGCACCGACGACAGCACACCGAUCGUGUCGCACAGUCGGAGCACAAGUAUGUCCCAGCUUCAGCGAACAGGCUCAACACUGCGUCGAUUCACGUCACAAAUCGUCGCGGCCGUGUUUGACCACGUUGUUCUCCCUGAGGACUUGACCGCCGUGCAGCGAAGCGCACGCAUGCGAAGGCAGUGGUCUCGAUCGACCACUCAUGCAACAGGCCAUUGGGUGCGGAACUUUGUAAACAGUCCCUUCGCGUCGGAAGCAUUUGUCGUUCAGCUCAACCCACCGUCGUCAUCCGUCAAACUCACGUCGUUGGCGGAAUCCCCCCGCGCCGUGUCCCCGCUGGGCAGCCCAUUCAUGACUGCAAGUGCUCCUGCAAGCGGGUUCUGUGGCCCUGCCAUCGCGUGGGUUCCAGUGCAAGACGCCAACCUACACAUGGUGACCACGACAGGGUCGACACUGGACCCGAGUGUGUGGGCCACACUGACUCACCUCGCCAAGCUGCCGUUUUCACUCAAGUACGGUUGGUUUCUCGACCAAGCGUCGGCGCUCGUGACUCCCUACGAUACCCUCCACGUCCACUUCAAGGUCAACCGGCCUCGGCUCGUCGUCGAAGCGCUGGAAAACCUGAGUGCCUCCAAGUCAAUGCACUUGGCCCACGGGCUGCUCAGCCCUGCCGCGGGCUUGUUUGUCCUGUCGAACCGUGACGAUCAAUCCUACGGAAUUAACGCGGACUCGGCCGCUGCAUGUACCGACGUGGAUCAUCUCACGGCAUUCCACGCGGUGGGGCGAUUCGUCGGCCGAGCUCUCUUGGAAGGGCAGAUGCUGCCGCUGCACUUGAGCCCAGUUUUGUUUAAGGCCAUGCUAGGCGUCCCCAUGUCCCUCGAUGACAUCGAGCAGUUGGACCCAGUAGUGUACAAGAGUUUAAUGUUUGUCCUGACGCAUGACACUGUCGACGACCUGGCGCUAACGUUCUCUGCCACCGAGUGCGUUGGCUACGGCCGUGUGUUGGAAGUGGACUUGGUCGACGAGGGCCGACGCAUCCCAGUCACGGAAGACAACAAGGCACUGUACGUCCAGCGGAUGGUGCGCUACCUGUUGUUCGAUCGCGUCGAGGGGCAGCUGGGCGCGAUGCUGAAAGGACUCCACCAAGUCGUGCCUCCUGAAAUGUUGGCCGUGUUUGACUACAAAGAGUUUGAGCUCAUUCUGUGCGGCCUCUCCGACAUUGACGUGAACGACUGGAAAGCCAGCACCGUGUCGUCGAGCAACUUGAAAGCCCACGCCGUGCUCGUCUGGUUCUGGGAAAUCGUCGAGAGUCUGUCGACUUCAGAUCAAUCCAAGCUCCUCCAGUAUGCCACGGGGUCGUCCCGGGUCCCCGUCCAAGGCUUCAAAGGGCUCACGAGCUACGACGGCAAGAUCUGCUACUUUACACUGAAAGGAAUCGAGUACACGCCAGGGCGGUACCCCGUCGUCCAUGCAUGCUACAAUCGCAUCGACCUGCCGCUGUAUCCAACAAAAGCCCUGCUCCAAGAAGCCUUGACGAUGGUACUGCUGUCGGACCCGACGGGAUUCACCAUCGAAUAA